AUGGUUUAUGAUAUCCAUAAUCCAUUGGCUGUGUCAUUACCACAUGUGUUCACCAACCCCAAUGACUUCCCCACAGAGGCCAUGGCCAAUCGAUUCCAAGCUUGGAGAUCGAUAGUUAAAGAUUUGGUCAAUUAUUUAAAAGAAUAUGCUAGUGUUCAAGAAGAAAUAUUAAGACAACAAGUACGAUUACAACAUGCGGUUGGUAUAUCAGCCAAAACUCCCAAUGUAACUCAAUCAACUUCAACUUCAACUCAUAAUUCAUCAAAUAAUAAUAAUGACUCAACCACUAGAGAUGACUUGAUUGCUAUUAAUAAAUUCUUUUUACCAAUUGGUAAUGGUUCAAUUCAAGAUUUACCAACUAUUUUAACUAAAUAUCAUCAACAAAAUGUUUCAAAUGGUUCUAAAACUUUAAAAGAUAUUAAUCAUAUUAUAAUACCAAAAUUAGAAGAAUUAAGAAAAGAUUUAUUAGUUAAAAUUAAAGAAAUUAAAAAUUUACAAAAUGACUUUAAAACAAGUUUAGGUAAAGAAAUUCAAGAAUCAAGAACUUUAUUAAGUCAAUAUAAUCAAGCCAUUGAAUUGUCCAACAAAUUAGAUCAUGGAUCUUCUUCUUCUUCAUCAAGUUUACCUCAUCAUUUAAUUGAAAAUAAUAGAGAUGUAGCAAGUGGUAAUACUGCCAAUACUAGUGGUGAACAUGGCGGUAGAACUGAUCCUUAUCUUAUUAAAAUCAAAUUAGAAAGACAAUUAAAAAAACAAUUGGCUGAAGAAAGUUAUUUAUAUGAAGCAUAUCUGAAUUUACAAAAUUCAGGAGGGAAAUUAGAAUCAAUUAUUGUUUUGGAAAUUCAAAGUUAUUUACAAAUGUUUUUAAAUUUAGUGGGUACCGAAAAUUCAUCAUUUUCAACCAUAUUAUUCCCAAAUUUAUCAAAUGGGUUCCUUUCAAAAGAAGCAAGUUUUGAAUGGGAUGCCUUCAUUUCAAGAAAUUUACCAUCAACCGUUUCAUCUACAGUUUCAGCAGUAGGUAAUUCAUCAUCAACCAUAAAGAAUGGAACUUUUAUUGAUCUUUCAAUGGGUCAAAGAAAAUUCUCUGAUUUAAAUAUAUCUCAUUUUGAUUCAAAUUUAAAUGUAUCAGUAAGAGAAGGUUAUUUAGAAAGAAGAUCAAAAUAUUUAAAGAGUUAUUCAAGUGGUUGGUAUGUUUUAACUUGUAAUUAUAUUCAUGAAUUUAAAACUCCUGAUCGUAAAAAGGAUCAACAACCUGUUAUGUCAUUACCUUUAAAUACUUGCACUGUUUCAGAUCAUUCAAAAGAUGAUGGAAAGGCAGGUGGUGCUUAUAAAUUCAUUUUAAGUUCAAAGCUGACCAAUGGUUUGAUUCAUAGAAGUCAUAAUUUAGUAUUUAGAGCUGAUACUUAUAAAAAUAUGAUUGGUUGGUAUAAUGAUAUUAAAACUUUAACUUCAUUACCGACUCCAUCUUCAAGAGCUAGAUUCAUUGCUAAAAGAGGUAAAAGUGCAAAUGAUAAAGAUUCAGUUAAUAAAUUAACUACCGUCACUAGUGGUUCUAAGAUUGCUUCAUCAUCAUCAAGUAUUUAUUCAGGUAAAUCAAUUAAUACUGCUGGUUCUCCAGCUAGAGAUAGUAAUGCUUCAGUUAAACAAAGACCAUUAUCUCAAGCUACGUCAAUCUUAAAUGCUAAUAGAUUAUCAUCAACUUUCUCUCAAAAGAAUAGUCAAUCUCCAAGAUUAGCUAAUAUGAUUAAUAGUGAUGGUACUAUUAUAACUCCAGUUGAAACUUUUGAAAAUGGUCAACAAAUAUAUCCCCAAUUAACUCCACAACAACCAAUUGCAUUCAAUCCUCAACUGCAACAACAACCAUUUUUAACUCCUUCCGGUUAUCAAUAUUAUAUUCCUCAACCAGGUCAACAACCUCAACAAUUUUAUGAUCCAAUUCAACAACAAUAUUAUACUUUAACCCCAACUGUUGCAUCUCAACCUCCAGCAAAUCAUCCUCAACCUCAAUUUUUCCCAUCAUCUCCAACUUCAAGUAAUCCACCCCAAUUCAAUCAACAGCAACAACAAGGUCAAGGUCAAGGUUCACUGCAUCAAAAACAACCACUGCAAUCCCAACAACAACCAGGAACUCCAAACUAUGCCAUCAAUACCGCUAAGUAUUUCCCUACUUAUGUUCAACAACCUCAAAUCUAUGGUGAUGCCUUACCUUAUCCAACCAGUCAUGCCCCAGUUGAAGCGUAUGGUUCAGUUACUCAAAGUCGUACCCAAUCAUUACAAAGUGGAGGUGUUCAACCUGUUGCUAAUGAUGAAUCUAAAAUCAAUCAAUCGAUUAAUGGUGAUGAUAUUUCAACUUUACAAAGUGGACCAGUUGGUGGUGUAACUCCAGUUUUAGCAGUUAAUAAUGAAACAGGACUUGAAACUACCAAUACUAAUGGGCCAGAAGGUGAAGGUGAAAAUGGUGAUUUGACUGCCAGUGGUGGAGAAACUACAAUUGAAGGUGAUGAAACUAAAGUUGAGCAUGAAGAUAAAUAAAGAGGUUAGAUCCUUUUUUUGCAUUAUACGAAGAAUAUCUUUCUUUUAAUAGGAUUUCUUUGAUUUAUCUCUCUACCUACUUUUUCUAUAUCUUUUUAUAUUUGCUUCUAUCACUGUUUUAUAUAUAUAUAUGAUCUUACUUUUAUACUAUUUAUAUGUUUUACUAUUACAAGAAAAAUAAAUAAAAAUUAAAACUUAU